UUUUAGCUUGAAAAAUGCAAACAGUGGCAUCCUUGGGAAUCCUGGCAGUUACUGGUUUUUAGGAUUCUGAACUUUCCGAAGUACGGUCGCACCAACAAAGCGGUCACACUAGUCGCAUCUUGGAAACAUUUCUAUCAAAUUUUAUAUAUAAAUCCGAAAUUAUAUAUUGCGCAGGCAAUCUAGAGAUUGUUAUAUUGGCGCACGUCUUGAUCCAGAUUCCAAAUCGUCCGUCAGAGGGAUCUGCAAGCGAAAAUCCAGCGAAACUUUCCAGUUAGCGACACACAGCUACAACAACAGCGUGGAAGUGGCAGUGGUAGUGAAUGUGAAAGCGAGAGGCGAAGAGCAGAGAAGAAGAACGCGAAAGAGAAACCGGAGAAUUCAGGAGCCACGAAUUUGAAGAAAACCAGCAAGGAUCAGCAGCAGACCAGACCAGGCCAAAUCCUGAGCGUAUUCUAUUUUUUUUUUUUCGUUGGAUUUUCUUUCGCCCCCCCUCCCCGCCCGACUUUCGUCGACUUAGCGCACUUUUAUUUUUCCGUUCUCACCGUUGUUGUUGUUGUUGUCUUGUUGUUUGUGCCAAGUUGUGUAAACAAGCAAAACAUAAAGCGGCAUAGCAUCCGAGAAACAGACAUCCACAUCGACAUCCAGGUCCAGACCAGAUCCGAGCAAGAAAUCCAAUUAAAAAUGGCCGCUGCCGCUGGGAGCGCAGUGAACGUGAAUGCGGUGAACGACUGCUUCAGCAUUGGAUCCACAGUGGUCUGUACGACCUGUUUCAACGAGGAGGUGGAGGGCGAGGUGCUGGCCUUCGAUCACAACACAAAGAUGCUAAUCCUGAAAUGCCGCUCGAAGUCCACGGAAGAGCUGAGUGAUAUCUAUGUGAGCAACCUCUCGCUGUGCAGCAACGUCCAGGUGAUCAAGGAGUGCAAUGGCAACUUUGAUGAUCCGCAGAAGCUCAACCUGGAGCAGGUAAAAAUGCGAUUGCGUAAAACAGUGGAGCGAAGACAGGACUAUCUGAAGUCGAAGAACGCGGAUGUCAGUCCAGAGGCACAGGAGCUCUAUAGAGCGAUAGCCAAACAAUACGGGUACAAUGAGGUGUCCUGGCAGGGACUGAACAUACAGAUACUGAACGAAGUAACCAUCUCGCCGCCGUACCGAGUGGACAACGUCGUGUCCAGCUCGAACAACGAAACUUCAUGCAAUUACAUCAAGCGCAUUAUCAAACAGUUCUUCAACACGAGACCGUCUCCAGCUCCGGAAAGCGGCCACGGUGCUCCGGCCAGCACCUCGUCCGCCUCGGUGUCCCCCACGUCCUCAUCUCUGUCGUCGAGUAACGCCGCCUCUGGUUCGCCGGUUCCCGCUAACUAAUGAUAAAUAAGUAACAAAACAAACAAAAAAAACCAACAAAAACAACAAAAAACAAAACAAACAAAAAACAAAACAAAUACAAAACAACACAAAAAAG